CCCAAGUUCCCAAUUGUGGCAGCAUAAAGAUGGUGGUGGUACCUUUACUUACACACCAUUUGCUAUUCAUUUUGUGUUUAUGUUUGAUUCAACUUCAGAGUAUAAUAAGCUCAAAAUCCAUUAUUCCACCACCACCAUCACUUAGAUUUGAUAAAAAUGGGAAAUUUAAGAUUUUGCAGGUAGCUGAUAUGCAUUAUGGUGAUGGAAUAUCAACACCAUGUGAGGAUGUUCUACCUGAUCAGUUUAACGGGUGUUCUGAUCUUAAUACUACUCAUUUCUUGAAUCGAUGGAUGAAGGCGGAGAAUCCUGAUUUCAUCGUUUUUACUGGAGAUAACAUAUUUGGCUUCGACGCAACGGAUGCAGCGAAAUCAUUAAAUGCUGCAUUUGCAUCUGGGAUACCAUGGGCUGUUUUAGGAAACCAUGACCAAGAAUCAACUUUGUCAAGAGAAGGGGUGAUGAAACAUAUUGUGACGAUGCAGCACACGUUAUCGCAGUUGAAUCCUUCCUCCCCGGAUACAAUUGAUGGUUUCGGGAAUCACAAUCUGGAAGUUGGCGGAGUCGACGGUUCUAGUCUGCAGAAUAAGUCUAUUCUUAAUCUUUACUUUCUAGACAGUGGAGAUUACUCCACGGUUCGUUCCAUCCAAGGAUACGGCUGGAUCAAAACCUCCCAACAGUUUUGGUUCAAGCAAAAAUCUCUUGAACUUCAGAGAGCCUACAUGAACAAACCAGAGGCUCAAAAGGCGCCUGCACCAGGGUUAGCGUACUUCCACAUACCAUUACCUGAAUAUGCUAGCUUUGACGCAUCAAAUUUUACGGGUGUGAAACAAGAGGGGAUUAGUUCAGCAUCUGUAAACUCAGGCUUCUUCACCACCAUGGUUGAGUCAGGGGAUGUUAAAGCAGUCUUCGUAGGGCACGACCAUGUGAAUGAUUUCUGUGGUGAAUUAACCGGUAUUCACCUGUGUUAUGCUGGAGGCUUUGGUUAUCAUGCUUAUGGGAAAGCCGUGUGGGAUAGGAGGGCAAGAGUGGUAUUAGCGACAUUAGAAAAAACAGAAAAGGGAGGUUGGGGUGAUGUUAAGUCAAUAAGAACUUGGAAGCGUCUUGAUGAUGAACACCUUACUUCCAUUGAUGCUCAAGUUUUAUGGACCAAGAAGAGCUCUGUCAUUGGUGAAGCUGGUACAAGAAGUGCCUGAAAUAAUGCAUUUUCUCUCAGCUCACUGCAAUAUGAAGCAACAGAGUCCGCUCCACUGCCUGUUUCUAGGAAUGCAAGAGAACGGAGGGGCUUGUUAAGCUGUACAUUACAAAUUGCAGACAGAUUAAAACCGGCAACCCAAAAGUAUGUUAAA